AUGACAGCAGCUUGGAAAUCUUUAAAGUUGUUCACUGACUGCGGAAUUCUGGAAAUAACCUUGUCGCGUUUCAAAGCAGAAGGUCACAUGUCUUCAUGUUCGGAUGAGUUUAUUGAUGCCCAGGAGUUCUCUCCAGGUUCACCGCCAGAAUCGUCUACGGAUUUUAAGGAGUCCGUAAGCUUUGACACAUUUUCACAAAAUGAUGGAGACAAAGAAAAAUCAAUUGAAGUUAAAAGACUAGAAGAGGAAUCACUAACCGUUCAGGAAAUUGAGGAACAAAGGGAUAUUGCAGUUGCCACAAAAGAUAAGGGAAAUUCUCUUUUCAAGUCUGGCUCUUAUAACGAGGCUUUAAUGAAAUACACGGAAGCUCUUGACCUCUGCCCGCUGAAGUGUGCCGUUGAACGCUCUGUGAUUUAUGCCAAUAGAGCUGCAUGUCAUAUAAAACUGGAUUCUCCCGAAGCAGCAAUCUUGGACUGUAAUGAAUCGUUGAACUUACAACCAGAUUACGCCAAAUGUUUGGAGCGACGUGCCACUUUGUUGGAAAGCAAGGACAGGCUGUCAGAGGCACUUGAAGAUUAUAAAAAAAUUUUGCAGUUGGACCCCAGUAAUCAAAAAGCUCGUCAUGCAUGUGCUACCCUUCCGGAGCGUAUCCAUAUUCAAAAUGAAAAAAUGAAGGAGGAAAUGUUUGGUCAAUUAAAGCAGUUAGGUAAUCUGAUCUUAAAACCUUUUGGUCUAUCAACUGACAAUUUCAAAGUACAAAAGAAUCCUGAAUCAGAAGGCUAUUCCAUAAAUUUUGUUCAAAAUGCUGCGCCCUCAUCUCAGUGA